AUGGGCCGCGCCGCGACUCCAGCCCCCGGGGCCCAGUCCUCCCGGUUGCCGCGCGCCGUCUCGAGGCUGCGGCUCGUGCUUCGCUCCUCGGAAGCGGCGGCGAGGAGCGGCGGCGAGAGAUGGAUGGGGUGCUUCCGGCCGGCGACGGCGCCGGCCACCGCGGCGGCGGCGGUGAAGGAGGCGAAGAAGGGAAAGCGGCCGGAGGUGGAGGUGGAGGUGGAGGUGGAGGUGGAGCCGGCGCGCGGCGGAGGGGAGGACGUGUGGAGCGCCGGUGCUGAUGCCGAAGUGGCGCAGGGUGGGGCGUUCCCCGAGCACCUCGUCAUCAUGGUCAAUGGCCUCGUCGGGAGCGCGGACGAUUGGAAGUUCGCCGCGGAGCAGUUUGUGAGGCGGAUGCCGGACAAGGUGAUCGUGCACCGAAGUAAAUGCAACUCUGCCACUCAAACAUUUGACGGUGUUGACUUAAUGGGUGAAAGGCUAGCAAAUGAGGUUCUAUCAGUUGUAGAGCAAAGACGAGGUGUGAAGAAAAUCUCGUUUGUGGCACAUUCUCUUGGUGGGCUUGUUGCCAGAUAUGCUAUAGGAAGGCUCUAUGAACCUAAUAGUAGAAGUAAAUCAUCUGGGGGCAGAGAUGAUGUUGAGCACUUGGAGGGUCACAUUGCUGGUUUAGAACCUAUGAAUUUCAUAACAUUUGCAUCACCACAUUUGGGUUCAAGUGGAAACAAACAGCUACCUUUUUUAUGUGGCCUGCCUUUCCUUGAGCGAAGAGCUUCAGAAACUGCACAUUUGAUUGUUGGGAGAACCGGAAAGCAUCUAUUCCUUACAGACAAUGAUGAUGGUAGACGCCCACUCCUCCUUAGAAUGGUUGAUGACUCUGGUGAUUUACAGUUCAGAUCAGCGUUGCGUUCUUUCAAACGGCGCGUAGCAUAUGCUAAUGCCAAUUUUGACCAUAUGGUUGGAUGGAGAACAUCAUCAAUCCGACGUCAGCAUGAGUUGCCAAAGCAUCGUCUUCUUGUUCGUGAUGAAAAGUAUCCACAUAUUGUUUAUGUUGAAAAGGAAGUUACAGACAACAACGGAACAGAAGCCCAUGCUGAUCUUUACGAUCCAGAAGAGGAGAUGAUAAGAGGCCUUACGCAAGUUCCAUGGGAACGUGUUGAUGUGAGCUUCCAGAAAAGCAGCCAAAGAUUAGUUGCGCAUAACACAAUUCAGAGCCCAUUUAGAGUGCCUGUACGGGACGUCCAGCACCUUCCCGCACCGCCAUGGGGCGUCGUGCGAGGCUCCGAGCACCGAACCCAUCUGUCCCCUACCAAAUUGCAAAAUCCCCAAACCCCCGUGCCCGGACCCAAACUCCGCGCCGCUCCCGUCUUCGUUCUCUCGCCCAGCCUAGCCUCGUCUCCAUGGCGGCCACCGCCUCCAACCCGUUCCCGUUCCCCUCCCGCCGCCCGCCGGACGACAGCCUCUUCUACGCCGUCUACCCGCUACCACUCCCCAGCGGCCUCCCCGCGCCCGCGCUCCACGCCUCGCUCCAGUCCCUCCACCUCUCCCUCCUCUCGCACCUCGCCCCCCUUCCUCUCCUCCCACCUCUUCCACCGCGACCCCUUCACGCUCUCCCUCCCGGCGGACCCGGCCGCCCCCUGCGCGCUCUGCGCCUCGCCGCCCGUGCCCCACCUCCACGGCGCGCUCCGUUUCGGCGACUCCCUCCCCGACGAGUGGCUCGCCGUCUCCCUCCUCUUCGCGCUCACCCGCGCCUUCCCCGACGUCGCGGCCCGCGCCUGGGACUCCGACGGGGAGUUCCUCCUCAUCGAGGCCGCCUUCGCGCUCCCGCGGUGGCUCGACCCGGAAUCCGCCCCCAAUCGCGUCUUCAUCUUCCGCGGAGAGCUCCACAUCCUGCCGCCCUCCCUCUUCCCCGAGACGCCGUCGCUGGAAGCCGCGCUUGCCGCCGUCUACGACGACUCCAUCGAUACCCGCGCCGCCGACGCCAUCCAGGCGGCCAUACAGCGCCGCAUCGCUGGGCUGCCCGAGAGGGCGGCGGAGAACCUACACACGGCACGCGUUAUCGUCCCGGCGCCCGUGGCAAAGGUGCUCAAGGAGGAGCCAUGUCUGAUCGCGCGUGCCGUCGAGGGUUUCUACGACCGGGACAUAGACACCAUGAAGCAUGCGGCGAGGAUGGACAAAUUCCUCAAAGGGCCUGGUGGGGAGGGGGUUGAGAUGGUGAGAACCACGGUACGCAUGACGCGGGCAAUGUACGCACAGCUUGUGCAGCAGAACUUUCAGGCUCCCAGGGGGUACCCGAUGCCUAGGAGGGAGGAGGGGCCUGAGAAAUGGAUUGAGGCAGAGCUGGGGAUGAAGAUUGCCUGCGGGUUCGAGAUGAUGUACCAGGAGAGAAGACGCCAGGGUGAGGAAGGUAAAGGGAGCACGUGGGAGGUUUACAGGAAGAGCUUGGAGGCAACUGGGUGCUUUGAGGGGCUGCUUCCUGGGUCAAUGGAGUAUAAGAGGGUCAUGGAGGAUGCAAUGCAAUAUUACAAGAGCUCUAAUUUGUAUUCCCGAACAAGGGAGAUACUGAGUGAACCAGUGCGGCGAAUUGAUGAAAUCCUAUCAAUGCCGUACUCGGCUGAUGAAUUUAAAGGCACUGAUCUUCCUCCUAGUGAUGAUGACUCUUGGUUGCAUGGUGGGGAUGAUGAGUUAAAUGCGGAACUCCGUGAAAGGCAGAAGGAACUGGAAGAGUAUGAAGCUGCGAAGAAGCAAAGAAGAAGUCAAAAGCAAAGUGUCUCUAGCAGUUCGAAAUCCCAGACAGACGAGUUUAAGCUUGGAGAGAUUACAGAGUCCAUGCAAGAGUUCAUUCACAAAAUGUCCAGCUUUGAGGGAGCCGAGAUUCCUGCAGACAGGAGAGAGAUGGAAUCAGUGGACCUAGAUGUCAACCAGUUCUUCAAGGCCAUGGAAUCGGUUUUAGGUGGAGGUUCACAAGAGCAAGCUGGCAGUGAUGAUGGAUUUGAUAGAAAAUCCUCAUCGUCCGACAUGGACUUUGAUGAUUCUGAUGAAGACAAUGAUUUUGCUGAAGAAUUAGGUGACAAGGAUGUGGAUGAUUCUUUUAUGGGGUCAUAUUCAGAUGCUUUAAAUAAAGAGCUAAGCAGUACCACUCUUGAGAAAAGCUUUGCUCGUGCACCACGACCGGAAACUAACAAUGAGGGUCCAUCAGAUGAUGCAGCUACUGAUGCAGAGAUGACUCCAGUUGAUGUAGAUCUGAACCUUGUCGAGAGCAUUCUUAACUCCUACUCUUCGCAACAAGGUCUUCCCGGUCCGGCUUCCAAUCUGCUAGGACUCAUGGGCGUAAAGGUCCCUCCAGAUGCUAAAAAGUCGUGA